AUGAUGUAUAAGAUACUGCCUUCGGGUCGUAUGCAGCGAUGGUCCCGCCUGACAUCAAUGGACGAGACCGCGAAGGAUCCAGCUGUGCAGCAUGGGUACUACGAGUGUCAUGCACCUAUCAAGAGCUACGUUCGUGACACGUGCGCGUCGAGCUCCGCGAAGGAUCCAGCUGUGCACCACGGACACUACGAGUGUCAUGCACCUGUCAAGAGCUACCUUCGUGACACGUGCGCGUCGAGCUCGGUGUCGACCGCGUCCCCGCGGGAGCAGUACUCCGACUCUGGAGAGAGCGCUGGGAGUCCUGGCUCUGGCCAGAGGCUUGCGUCUCUCUGA